AUGGCCGCCAUGACACCUAUAAUAUUUGUGCACAAUUCCUUUUGAAAAAUAUGGAAGCCGCGACAGCACAAUACGUUUUGGAGUGUGGCACUGAAGACUGUGAGAACAACUGCCAGUUUUACUGCAAUCCUUGUCAUCGACCAUUGUGUGAACAAUGCAGAGAUGAACAUCAGAAAAGCCCUGACACCAAGAAACAUGAAGUGGUCGCCUUCCUACAGCACAAACGUCAUCUUCCUGUGGACAAAUGCAAGCUCCAUCCAACUCGUAAUGCAGAUAUUCUAUGCAAUGAGUGCAACAUUCCUCUAUGUUCAAAGUGCACAACCAUGGAAGAACACUUCGGCCAUAAGUUUGUUGAUAUGGAGGACACUGAUGCAGAAAAAUUGGCAUUUUGUUUAGAAGAAAUCUCAAAAAUCCAAGAAUAUUUCCUUCCAACAUCAAAAGAAUUGAAAACAGAGACAGAUGAAGAUGGCAAAGAAGUAAAGAAAACCAUGGAUGGUGUCAGAAAUUCCAUAAAGGCAGAAGCCAAGUCUCUGAAAGACCUGGUAGAUAAGGUGACAUCAGACAAAUUGGAACGAGCCAAUACCAUAGAAAAGUCAUUACUUAAAGUGUUAAAACAACAGAAAAAUACAUACGAUGAUUACAAUGACUACCUUGAAAAUUUUUUAAAAGAGUUUCAUGGCUACCUCCCUUUAAGCAAUUUCAAAGUUUUAUUAUCUGCAAAAUUUGAAAAUUCAAAAAUCCAAUCUGUACCAGAGACAACUAAACCAGUCCAACCCGUGUUUACUGCAGGUCAAUUUACCUAUGAUGAUGUCAGCAAGUUACUUGGAAAAAUAGAUGUCCCAAACAUUAAACCUGAUAAAAGGAAAAUAAAACUCAUGGCUACUUCAUUAACUCAGUUGAAACCUACAGGGAAAGAGAUGAAGCAAGAUAAAGAGAAAUCUGACGUGAAACAAACGCUGUCUCUGUCUUCCUCUGUCACCAAGGUCAGGGAGUACAAAGUACCAGGUGUUGACAAUGUAUAUCACAUAACACAUGGUAAAUCAGGCAGACUCUGGGCCAGUGACGAUCAUGGUAACCUUGUCCAAAUAGAUCUACAGGGGAAUCAGCUGCAGAAGAUACAAACCAGUGGUGAAUUUCAAGGCUACCACACAGUCACACAGGGCGGGGAUCUGAUCUUUACUGACGGAAAGAAAAAAAUCAUCAAUAGGAUAACAGUGGAUAAUACAAUCACUGAAUUUAUUAAAACAGGAGACUGGGAACCAAUCAGCAUACGUCACUCCUCCCACAUCAACGGGGACAUACUGGUGGGGAUGAUAAAGGAUGAAGAGGCUAAAGUCAUCAGGUACAACAAGUCAGGAGAAGAAAUACAGAACAUACAGAGAGACAACAAAGGACAGGGACCGUAUAGUUAUCCACACUACAUCACAGAAAACAUCAAUGGUGAUAUCUGUACAUCAGACUAUAGCAAACAAGUUGUAGUGGUAGUAAAUAAAUCAGGACAACAGAGAUUCUCCUACACAUAUCCGGAGUUUUUGUUUUAUCCCUUUGGUAUCUGUACUGAUCUCCUCAGUCACAUCAUUGUUUGUUUCACUAAUCUUGUGAAUAACUAUGUUCACAUCCUUGAUCAGGAUGGUCAGUUCUUGUCUUUACUACUCACAGCACAGCAAGGGGUAAAAUGUCCCCGUGGUCUGUGUGUGGAUGAUGAGAACAAUCUCCAUGUGGGACAAAGGGACACCAACACAGUGACUGUGUACAUCUAUCUACAGUAAUUCUCUCUAUAUAUGUAAAGCAAAUCAGACAUCAAAUCUGAAUAAAUGUAAUAUUUUUAGUAUAAAAUACAUCAUGUAAAUGAGCUCACUCUGUAAAUUCUAAAAUCUUCCAGACCAUAUUGUAUACCAGUAUCAUGUAUCUUUAUGUUUAUCUUUUUUAAAAUGCAACAAUUUUUUCGUACAUGUACAUUACCUCUAUAUUA